UUUGUUCAGUUGACCAGCAGGUGGCGCCGUUGUAGCGUUUUUCUUUUCCACUACUACUUCCGGGUCGACGGUAGUGUCUAUCCUGUGUGUUGGUGCUGGGGUGACAACCGAAGCGGACAAAAUGCUAUCCCGAUUUACCCGGUUAGGGACAACCUUGCCCCGUAUUCUCGCCAACAGUGGGGUUCGUUUCGUUUCGCAGUCCCAGAAGUCAGCCUCCGCCGGGUCGGCCACCCUGUCGGAGCUCCUGCCUCCCCAGGACAGCCAUGACCAUGGCGAGGUCAACCACUAUGUGAAGAAUCCCGACUACCAUGGGUUCUCCACCGAUCCAGUGGUAGAUCAAUGGAACAUGAGGCUGGCCUUCUUCUUUGGGGUCUCUGUGGUGCUGGUGAUCGGAGGAACCUUUAUCCACUACUUGCCUGACUACGGCAUGCGGCAGUGGGCUAGGAGGGAGGCCGAGCGCCUGCUGAAGCACAGAGAGGCCAAGGCUCUGCCGCUGAUCGCCGAGGACUACUACGACUCCAGCAAGAUCGUGCUGGCUGCUGCCGGAGAGGACUAGUCUGUGUGGGUCCGAGCCCCACAACUUCAACUGUACAUUGUAUUUCAAUAUUACGUUAAUAAAUGUCGUCUGGGAUUGUU